UGCUAAAGCCCUCUCGCCUACAGCACGGCGACGUAGUAGUACCGGAAGCAGUUCAUCUCUAUUAUCAGAUAAGUGUUCGAUGCGUUUUUCGAAAUUAUUUGGCAGCAAUUGCAUAUCAGUUAUGGAUGAUGAAAAUCCACCCACAGCAUUGUCAAAGAUAUUGUCGAUUAAAGAGUUCGAUCCCUUGGCUCCACAACAACAUGUAGCUUUGGUGAUUAAAUCGAUAGUUUCCCUGUCAGAACUCAGCCAACGUGAGGAUAAUAUAAUCAAUGUGGACAUUGAUAAACGUAGGAUAUUGGAAUUUUCAUCGAUGAGCCAGGAAAGCAAGAAAAAUUGUCGACUAAAUCCAUUUAUGGAUGUUUCCAAUAUUGUCGUUACACAUCCAGACGAUGAAUUCUUCACAUUCUGUUUAUGCAAGAAUUGUGAAGAAUAUCGUGAACUUGUUAUUCACAUAAUGGUGGAACAAUUCAAGGCUCCUCAUAUGGUGGUUAUGCUAUUGGAUGUUCUUAUUAAGGCAUACGGACCUAUGUUAAAGAACAUUACAGCUUAUAACACUUUUGAAAAAUUGCUCGAUCAGAACAAAGAUGUCUAUUGGAUUACUUGUGGUGUAAUCUACCACAAAAAGGGUGAACAUUUGGAUUUUAUCUACGAUGAGAACUUGUCAGACAAUAUGAUUUUCGUUCUAUUUAGUUCAAUUUUGAUGUUAAACAACCCUUUGCUACUGUUACAAAAUCUUGCUUUCCAUAUUGAAUGUAUUGUGAAGGCGUAUGCGGAGGGAUUCAUGGAGAUUGUUGAACCCGAUCAAAGCAAAAUACCUGCUGAGGAAAUGAUUAACUAUAUUGUAAACGGAUACGAUGACUUGAUAUGCAUUUCAGAACAAGUUGCAUCGUAUCUAUUUGCUUUUGAAAACUAUUUUUUGCGAAAAUUUUCAUUAACUUGGAAACUUUUAUGCCAACGUUUGUAUCAAAAACACGUUCAUGCACAUCUGGCCGAUACAAUGUUGGCUUGUAUAAUAACCUUGAAAGAGGAAGAAUUGACAUCACAUCAUACGGAUCUUAUCAAACGUUAUAUACAAUUUGAGAAUAUUAUGAAUCGUGUCGAUAUCUUGUGGACAAACGUUUGGGUGAAAUUGAACGAAUUUAAUUUGUCGGAAGUGGAACGCAAACGACGUAAAUCGCUAUUGGAUGUAUACCGCAUUUUCGAUACUGUGGUACAGGAUGCCAUUGCAUUUUCGCUGCAGGACAGCGUUGACGAUAAUGAUUUUUAUUAUUUUCGAUCACUGAAGAAUCGACGUUUAGCGUGGAAAAAUAUUAUGUCUUACGCCAAAAUGAAAUGGCCGGACGGAUUUAAUCAGCCACCCAAUACGUUAGUCGUAGAUAAUAAAUGUGUAAAAUGUAAUGUUUCUCUAGAAUAUCAUAAAGAGUUUUGCCAGUGCAUAACUUGUUCCAUUGCUGGAGGUCCUUUACCGCCAACUCGAAAUGCAGAUAAGUGUUCUAAAUGUUUGGCGCAGGAUAUUGUUGUAAAGGAUGAGAAUUUCUAUGAUUCGAAAAUUGUGAAUGUAUGUGCCAAUGACGAUUUUCAAAAUCCGCCAAAAAAUAGCAUUGCAACAGCAAAAGCAAAGAACCUUGCUCUUCAGUAUAUUGAUGAAGAAUUGUAUGUUGCGCUGGAGGAUAUGUUGGAUGAAAAUGGUGUACCGACAAGUCAACAAAUAUCUGAAAUAAUGACAAAUGGUUACCACAUUGCAUGGGCUGUAUUUACCCAUUUGAAUAACCGUAAGCGUUUCCCUUUCACUACCAUUGAGCGACAACAUUUCUGCAAUAACUGUAAAAUGGCAUCCUGUCAUUUGGCACGUAAAAUCUUAAACAACGAAAUAUCUCCGUCGCUUUCACAGGACUUAAUUCAUUACUUCCAACCAAUGUCUAUGACACGUGAAGAGCUACGCUCCAUACUGCCGAAUAUUAUGUUGUAUAACCGCAAGUUGGUAGCUUCGAACAAUGGCCUCGAUCUUAUAGAUGUUCAUGAUUUGGUAGUGAAAAUCUAUUGGAUUUUCAUAAUAUCCGUUUAUGCCAUUUAUGUCAUUGACUACCAUGAUAAUAAUUGCGAAAACGAGGCCGAAAUAAAUAUAGAAGCUCUUGAAUUAAAAGACAAUGAUAUAAAUGUAAAUGUGGAUAAAAUUGUUGGCAAUAAGGAUGAUACAAAGUUUUUAGAAUUUCUCGAUAAAAUUAAGAGUUUAUCACCAUAUAAUAACGAUGUAGAAUCCAAUUUCGACUCCGUCGUCAAUAUCGAUAGCGCGGAAAUUCAAAAGAAACUAAAUGAUAUUUUAAAAAUAACAGAUUGCGCAGAACCUGCUUCACAGUGCGAAAAUAUCUCUCAACAUCUAAGUGAACCCGUUGAAGGAGAACAACAAUUAUCUACAGAGUUAAAUACUCCGUCGACUGUCGAAUCUCAGCCCAAAAAGACAUGUAAGGAAAAAUCCAAGAAAUGCGAUCAUCAUUCCGAUAUUGGUAGCGACCACUGCAAAGAGAAUCACUCGAAUAAAAAACGUUUGAAGAAGGAUUGCAAUCAUGCUAGAAUGAAUGAGACUAGGGAACGAUUACGUAAAAAAUUAUCCCAAAUAGUAAAUGCACGCAAAACAUCCAAGUCUUCACAGCCAGAUACUACAGCUGCAGCACCAACCACUAGCGUUUCUGAACCGCCCAACCAAGUAGACAAUGUGCUGAAUGCAGACGAAUUAAAAAUUUUCCAACAGUUGCAGCAGCAGAUGCCGCAUUCGGCAUCGUGGGAUGAACCCCAUUAUAUUACAGCUACAUUCGAACAAUUACAUCAAGCAAAGUUGCAUGAUUUGUGUGAAUGUUUGCAACAUUUGCAAACCAAUCAAAAGAUUGAUACUAACGGCGGCAAGGCAGUGAGUAAAAAAUCUCAGCACAAACAAAAUCAGUCGAAAAUUUCAUCACAGCAACAGCAUAAGCCAACAUCAUUGGAGCCACCCAACAAAAAAUCAAAUCUCAGUAAUAACUCAACACGAGACGCAUCAACAUCCAGUCAAAGUACAAAGAGUAAGGAACGAACUAAAGAGGCGACAUCUAAAUCAUCAGGUCAAGAAAAAACAUCCGUCGCAUCACCACAAUUUCCACCAACCACAUCAUCAAGUGCACCAUCAGCGACUAAGCCAUCAAGCAGCCUGGAUUUUGUGAGCGAAAUAUGUGAAAUAAUUGACAAUUAUUCCAAAGAACAAGCCAAGAAAAAGUGGAUAAAAGAAACACUGAGUUUUAUAGAGGGGCCAACAUCUGUUGCUGGCAAAAAGAAAUCGCAGCCUCAGACCUCAAAUCCUAAAAAAGCCGCCAAGAAGGCGAAGCAAAAGCAAAGAAAGGACGAAGAGAAGCGUAUAGCUGAGUUGCAGGAUCUAAGAUGUCAGUUCCAAAACAUUUACUUUAAAGAGUUUACGGAAAAGCUAAAUUUAAAGUCUUUAAAGGCUAACAAGAAACGAGACAAAAAGAAAAUCGGUGAAUUGGAAAGUAAUAUCAAGAAUUUGCAACGGGCUAAGGCCAAAGUGGAAACUGCCAUACUCGAGCUAAUUGCCACAGUCAAACAAACAAAUGCCGAAUUCAAAUUUUCAUACUUGCCUACGAAAGAGCAGCAAUUGGAAAAGGUUAAAGAACUCGAAGCCAUGAAUUCGGAUGCCAAUGAAAUUAAUGAGCCGGUAGCGGAAAAAGGUUUAAAACUUACCGAGUUGCAUCAGUCGAAUACUGAAACGAAUGUGCCUUUGGCGUCGACACCAUUCUCAAUUGCUCCUACAAACAAUCUAAAUAUGGUACCGGAAACCUAUAGUAUGCCGUAUGCUCAUGCCAACCACUUCCCUUAUAAUUUAGGUUUCCCACCUACUGCUGCAGGCCCAGCCCCAUUCGGUUUGAUGCGUCCAUCUCCUAUGUGUUAUGCCCCACCAGCUCCUGCAUCUGGAACUCAACAGCAACAACAGUUAGGGCCAGAUGUUGUCGCCACUAUGUCUGCAAAUAGUAGUGGUGCCAGUGAUCCCUCUAAACGAAUUGUCACCAUACGGAGGGUCAAUUUGCCAAAUGUUCCAGAGCCCCAGGUAACCGUUACUGCCAAGGGCAGCAGUCCCGACAAGGACAAGCUGCUCUACACCUUUAUCAAUGGGCAACUUGUACAAACUUCUGCUGCAGCUCCCCCAAUCGCCAUACCCCAAAUGCCAGUAAUAAACCCAAUGCAACCCCCAUCGGCACCACCUCCAGUAUCUGGACACAUAAACAAAUUACCACCACAACCAGAGCAUUUAUUAACUAUACCACCACCUCCCCCACCAAAACUUUCAAAAAGUCAAAUGAAAAAGGAACGAAGGCGUUUGGCUAAAUUGCAGGCAGAAGCUGAUGCAGCGGAAGAGGCAGAAAGGAAACGUUUAGAAGAGGAGCAGCAGAGAUUGCGGGCCCUAGAAGAACAAAGGCAACUUGAGUUACAACAACAACUCAAGCAAAAACAAUCAAAGAAAAAGAAGAAGAAACCAAAUACCCAACAACAAUCGCAUGUUUUGCAGUCCUCCUCCAGUGUAUCCUGUCCAGCGACAAAAAAGGAAAGUAAAACAAAACAAAAACAAAAUAAACUAGCCAAUUCCAAUUCGACAACAUCAGUGUCCACUAAUGAAAAUAAUGAAACUCCUCUCCAACUACCACAGCUAAUGAUGCAAAAAUCUUCAAAACAGAAACGUUCGGUCUCCACAACAACAUCGUGCUCAGCUGCCACAUCGUCAUCAUCUUCUUCGAACAAUUCAACCAGUAGUCAGAUGAAUACCCGCGAUAAUUCUGUGAGCAGUUUCAAGCCUAGCAACACCAAGAGUUCCUCGACUAGUAAGAAGAGUGCAAAAGAAAAGAAGAAGAAACUAAUGACACCUACUUCAUCUGCCGUUACGUCUGACGAUGAACAAGAUCAGAAACAAAGUGGCGAAAAAAAACCCGUGCAAAAUUCCUCAAAGGUCCAACAGUCAACGCAGCAGAAGGGAAACAAAAAUACAAAACCUAAAUCGGGAAAAGCUAAGGAACCGUCUAAAACAACUAAGCCGCCCCAAACCCCGCCAAGUUCAGAUUCCGAAGAUGAUGCUAACACUGAAGUACAUACAUCUACGCCACAAGAAUCUUUAACGCAAAAAGUGAAAAUACCCAAAAAACGACGAACAAAAUUGAUUGAUAAUGGACAAUUUGAUAACAAUCCCUUCAAGUCAUUGCACAUGCAAGAUUCAGAAUCGGAGUGGUCCUCUUCCGACGAUGACGAAGAGGAGUCGGAAGCUGAAGCAGAUGAGGGUAAUGAGAUAGAAAUCGAAACCCAAAUUAAAAAUUUAAGCCUUAAUACCCAAAAACCCUCCACCGAGACAGUGAAGAAUGUCAAACAAAUGGAAAACAAACAAAAGACCCAAAACUCGAAGAAAACGUCUCGUGAUGUCAAUGAAACACAAUUGCGUGACCCCCCAGCAAUAACAUCGCUCGCAACCAAAGGGGCAACUGCAAAGCAACACAAUAAUAAAAAUGCGACCAACAAAGCCCCAAAACCACUUGGGAAUGAAAACAAAUAUCCGUCAACAGCAACCGCAUCCAAACAAAAUAAUAUUGGACAGCCACAAAUGCAGCAGUCGAAUAAUAUACGUUCAUCCAAGAGUUCCAAUUCUUCAGUGAAGCAAACGGCGGCUGGAAAUAGUAAUCGCAAGGGAAAGGCCGACAAUCGUUCCUCGAUUGACGCGAACACUACAACGCAACACACAUCAACUACUACUAAAUCGGAUUCUAAUACUAAUGUCAAUUCCACCAAAAAUCAAACCCGAAACAAUGUCCGCAAUGCGAUUCGUAAUCAAAACUCAAUAGCAAACCAUCCGCAGCAAUCUUUCGAAGAUAAUCAGUACAAUCAGAAAAUAACGUCCGCGAUCAAUAGUACUGCUGGCGUUAGUGAUGGCAAAAACAAACGUUCUCAGCGUAAUAAAAAAUUCCAACAGAAAAAUCUGAAACCUAACCAGUCCCAACAUCAACAUUGUUGUUCCGGUAUACCCAACAAUAUGGGAUAUUUCAAUCCAAAUGAUGUCAAUAUUACACCUACACCGUCACUCACUACGACUAGCCAUAGUCAGAAUCUGAACGCUCAGAGUUGCACUUAUCAGAACCUGACUGAUCAAAUGCAGGCAAUGCGGAUAAGUGGCAAUGUUGGUCCACAGCAACGCAUGCACAACAACAGUAAUGUUAGUAUUAUGGAUCAAUUGAAUCGAGGGGUUCAAGUUGAAAAUCUUUCCCUACCACCGGGCAUCACCCUUACUAAAGUUGACCCAAUAAAAAGCGAACAGCUACGUCAGAAAUCGGAGUCGAUUAAGAAGUUGGCAAAACCACUACAACCAGCUCCGCCGCCCAUGUCUCAAACACCACAAGCAUUCCAUCACGCUGGUAUGGCUGGUACCACUAUUAUUGCACCGCCUGUUGCACCCCUGUCGAAUUAUUAUGGUUCACAUUAUUCUGCUGGUGCUGCUGGUAUGAUACCUACAGCCGCUCUAGAUCCUCAAAGUGGCAUAAUAAUGGUUGAGGCCAAUCCUCCCAAGUGUAAUACAACAACUCAGGCAGCUAACAUUGGCUCAUGCACCAAUACAAAUAAGCAAUCCAAAAAUAAGAAACGCCGAAAUAAAUCGAAGGCAAACAACAACAACAACGGUGCAUGUCCCCUGGCAAAUUCUGGUAGUAAUGCAAAAAGUCAGGAGAGCUCCACAAAUAAUGCUGCCGCCGGUCAACCAAAAAUGAUAACAUUACGAAAUCCCAUGUUUCACGGUGGUCCAACAGGUGCCCCGGCAACUAUUUUGCCACAGUCUGGAUUAAUGCAAGGUCGCCCAUUGGAUGCAUAUCCAAUUGCAGCUCCUCUGCCCGUAGAUCAACCCGCCGCCAUAAUUAAAAACGAAAACGGUAUGUAUACCAUCCGUAAUCCGGCCCUACAUCAGGCUGUAACAAAUGGCUUAGUACUGGGCGGUUAUAGACAAUUUGGCAAUGUUAAUUUCUAUACACCACAAGAGGCUGCAGCGGAAGCAGCCAGAGCAACAUUACAACAACAACAUCAACAUCAAAACAACGAGAACGCCAAAAGUGCAACAACAAUAUCCGGAAAUAUGAGCACUUCUUCGUUUUCGUAUUUUUCCAAUGAUAAUGUCGCUACGAAUACAACUCACAACAAUAUAAGUAUUAGUUGUACCAGCGUUGGUAACGGCCGAAAUGUUAGUCCCCAAAGGACAGGAGGCGGUGGAUUGACCGGAGAUGCGGCCGUUAUUCAACGACCAACACCAGCACAAAAAUGUAUAUCAGCCAUUGGUAGCGAAAUCAAAAAUGCUCAACAGCAAAAACAAAAAUCAAAAGAGCAACACUGGUCGCAUUUCGGUACAGAUUCAAUCUGUUGCUGAUCUCUGCAAGAAAAGUAUCAGCAAUCCAAAUAUUAUAAUGGUUUUGAUGUAUUCACUGCCGGUAGCAGUGGCGGAAGCAGCUCUUCAGCAACAACAGCUGCACACAUCCAUCAUAGCUGUGGAGACGAUUCCCCACCUCCAUCAAUUACGGGAUAUAAUUCUUAUAUUGAAGGUAUUCCUAAUACCGGUGUUAUACGUUACGACGAUGCUUCCUUUUUAAAGAACUUGAUUCCGGGACAAAAUCUUAAUACAGAGGUAUCAAUUCAUAAUGUUAGCGACUCGAAUUUCGCUCGCAAUGCCAAUUCUCCACAAGCACAUCGCGUGGAAAUUACACCAGUUUAUGGUGGCAAUAGACCAGCAUCAUCUAACAGCCUAUUUGAGCCAAAUACUGUGCAAAAUAAUCCAUCGAAUUUUCGAGGAAACUAUCGUGAUCACUACAAUGAUUCCAAUAUAUUCUCUAAUAACAAUAUGCAUAUGAACCUUGGCGAAUUGGACCCGGCAAUGAACUAUGAUUUUGAAUCGACACAACACCCACAGCCAACAACAUCUGUUGCAAAUGUAACAUCAAGUGAUAACCAUAACUCAAUUUUAGACUUUAACAACAUAUUAAAUAAUAAUAAGAAUGGAACCACUGGCUCAGCCAGUCAUCGUACAUCUCCCUAUAUGGACGAACAUACCCUAGAAGGUUUUGUACAAAACAUAAAUUCCAUGCGCAUCUCUUCAAACACAACAGUAGGAGCUGCCCCGACAGCGGCUGCGGACGAGCAAAGCUCCCAAAUGAAUGGCAAUAGUAGUGGCAGUGGCAUUGGGCAUCAUACAGUCACCACCAGUGCCAAUACCAAUG